UACGUUCUACAGAUUUAUUUGAGAGAGGGGAAAGAUCUCGUGGUCAGGGACAGAUGUGGCACGAGCGAUCCGUACGUUAAGUUCAAGUACACGUCGAAAACAGUCUACAAGAGCAAGGUGGUCGAGAGGAACCUCAACCCAACAUGGAACGAGAGGCUGUCUCUGCGACUGAGGGACCUAGUCACUCCGAUCCUGGUCCAGGUCUACGAUCGGGAUGUUGGGAUGGUCACUGAUGAUUACAUGGGAGAGGCCAUCAUCGAACCUAACAGUCUCAACGUCGACCAGGAGACGGAGAUGAAUUUGAUGCUGACGGAUGGAAAGAAGAACAAGAAGUUCAAGUACAUGGGUUACUUGCUGCUGCAGUGCAAACUCACUUUCGGAAUACGCAACCUGUUUGAUAAUAAACUUCUUUCGAAUGCGAGAAGCAACAGCAGCAGCAGCGUUGCCAGGUCGUUUUUCUUGGGAGACCACCAGAGGAAGAAGAAGAAGAAGCAGAAAAUUAAAGGCUCGGUGAACAUCGUGCUCGUGGAAGGCAGGCAGCUGAUAGCCAUGGAUGACAAUGGGUUCUCCGAUCCAUACGUCAAAUUUCAACUUGGGAACGAAAAGUUCAAAAGUAAGUGUAAAUUGAAAACAUUGAAUCCAAAAUGGGUAGAAACGUUCGACAUUGAUUGGCUGGAAUCCGACCAAUCAUAUCUUGAUAUUAAUGUUUACGAUCAUGACGUGGGAGGAAAAGAUGAUGUCCUCGGAAGGGCUAAGUUGGAUCUGACGUCAUACGAGCCCAACAGAACCCACAAUUUAAAAGUGGACCUCGAAGACGGGGGUGGUUACCUCAUACUACUGCUGACCAUCUGUCCAUUUGAUAGGAAUGAUGAUGAGGUAGACAGCGUGCAGCAGCAGCAGAAGUUAACAUUGAAAUUCUCAUCAUCCAAUGAACAGAGCAUAUACAGAUCCUUCCAAGAUAUUAGUGAUGUCGGCCACCUCGUACUAACGAUACAUCAAGCGCGAGGACUGGCAGCAGCAGAUAUUGGCGGGAAGAGUGAUCCAUUCUGCGUGGUGGAACUUGUGAACACUCGUCUGCAAACGCACACAGAUUUCAAAACACUCAAUCCCAAAUGGGGAAAAGAGUUUUAUAUUCAGGUAACCGACAUCCACUCCGUGUUGGAGAUCACAGUGCUGGACUACGAUAAGAACAAGAAGUCAGAAUUCCUAGGGAAAGUUGCCAUUCCAUUGUUGAGGAUAGAGAACGACAGACGGAAGUGGUACGCGUUGAAAGACAAGAAACUCCAACAACCGUCGAAAGGUUCCAUCGAAAUCCAGGGCACCCUCUAUUACAACCACGUGAAGGCAGUCUACCGCACGAUGCACCCAAGGGAAGACAAGAUAAUCCUGCCCGACGCCACUUUCAAAUUAACGACGAUGAAAACUAACAUCGACCGCGUCUUCAAACUGGUCGAAGGUUUCGUCUCCUUCACCAACUUCAUCAACUCCUGUUUUAACUGGGACAAUCCACUCAGGAGUCUACUUGCUUUCAUUGUCUUCAUGUUGAUCGUGUGGAACAUUGAACUGUACAUGGUGCCGAUCUCCCUCCUUCUCAUCCUCCUCAAAAACUUCCUCUUCCUCCAGUUCAGCGGCGAGUACUUCAAGGAACAGAUUCCCCAAGUAAUGAAAAAAGAAGCCGAAUCAAGCAAUAAGGAUGACAAAAAAUCUCAAUCGCUUCGUGAGAGGCUGCAGAACAUUCAGGACGUGUGCUUGCAGGUGCAGGAGACCAUGGACGCCGUGGCCUCUCUCGGAGAACGAAUACAAAAUGCAUUCUUGUGGAAAGUUCCGUGGCUUUCGACGCUUGGAAUAAUUUGUUUGUGCGUGGCAACGUGCGUCUUCUACUGCCUGUCGCUGAGGGUCCUGCUGAUGAUCUGGGGGGUGAUGAGGUUCAGCAGGAGGUGGAGGGUGGGCCAGAAAGUACCAAACAACGAACUCCUCGACUUCCUAUCGCGCCUGCCUUCCAAUAAAGAACUGCUGGAACAGAGAGAAAUCUUGAACAAAUUUUCAACAAGUGCUACUACUAACGAUUAUGAUUUCCCAGUAACAUCUGCAAACACAGCAGCAACAACAUGAUGUAUGCAAGCCAUUUUUUUCGACACAUUCUAUUUUUUUUUUAAUUUUUUUCAAUAUACAUCAAUGUAUAUUUUUAACUGUCCUUAUAGCUAAAUAGUUUUAAGUUUUUGCAUGUCUUUGCAUCCCAACUUAUAUAUAUAUAUAUAUAUUAUAUGUCAUAGACAUAUAUUUUUCAAGAUGUCUUCAAAAUCGUUAAUAAUUAAAAUUUAUUUUUUAAAAUUAAUGUAUGCAAUACUAAUAUAAUAACGUACUAAUUGACAGAAAAAGUUUUAAUCUUUUAAUGAUGAAGUAUGUAAAUGGUUCACUCCAAAGAUGAAACAUUGAUAUGUGUGAACAUGUUCACGUUGGUUCAUAUUCACUUUGGUUCAUUCGUUGGUUCACCUCGACGUUGGUUCACUUGUAUGUAAACCUUUCAAACGUGUUAACAUUAUUUCAGUGUAUAAGUUGUUUAAUUGUUUGCAACGCACGUCUCACAGCUGGCUGGCUGGUCGUGUGGAUGGGAUGUGAUGAUUGGUGUGUCUGUGUAUUUCAUUUCUGUUGUCAUUAUCAUCUAGCUAUUAUUAUCUUCUUGGUAGUUCUUAUCAACAUUUUACAUUACAAAUCUAGCAAUUAUGCUGAGAAUAGAUAUUUUAAUAAUUUAAAUUUUAACCAUUUGUCA